UUCUUCCUCUCCUUCAACCAACUAUUCCCCUUUCCAAGUCAUUUUAAUUAAAAGUGAUCCAUCCAAACAUUUCUCCGGCCACCUCAAACACACAAAAUGGACAUUUCAGUCGGAAACUUCGACGCAUCCGACCCCGUCAACGGGGACGUGGUCUGCCCGUCGGCAAACAGCGUCGUUUCCACCGUCCAGGACUCCCACUCUCCGUCCGUCGUCGCCCCACCAGACGCGACCCUCGGCCGCCACCUCGCCCACCGGCUUGUGGAGAUCGGGAUCAGAGACGUCUUCUCCGUGCCGGGCGACUUCAACCUCACUCUCCUCGACCACCUCAUCGCCGAGCCUUCCCUCAACAAUGUCGGGUGCUGUAAUGAACUGAACGCCGGGUACGCGGCCGACGGGUACGCGAGGCAGCGUGGGGUCGGCGCGUGCGUGGUGACGUUCACUGUGGGCGGGCUGAGCGUGCUGAAUGCCAUCGCCGGCGCGUACAGCGAGAACCUGCCGGUGAUAUGUAUUGUUGGUGGGCCGAAUACGAAUGAUUAUGGAACAAAUAGGAUUUUGCAUCACACCAUUGGAUUGCCUGAUUUUACGCAAGAGUUGAGGUGUUUCCAGACUGUUACUUGCUACCAGGCGUUGAUAAAUAACUUGGAUGAUGCACAUGAACAAAUUGAUAAAGCAAUAUCCACAGCUUUGAAAGAAAGCAAACCCGUUUAUCUCAGCAUAAGUUGCAACCUUCCUGGCAUCCCUCAUCCCACUUUGACCAGAGAGCCCAUCCCAUUUUCCCUCUCACCCAGACUGAGCAAUAAGUUGGGAACAGAAGCUGCAGUGGAGGCAGCAGCUGCCUUCCUAAACAAAGCAGUGAAGCCAGUAAUGGUGGGAGGGCCGAAGCUGAGAGUGUCCAAGGCAUCUGAUUCUUUUGUGGAGCUUGCUGAUGCCAGUGGCUAUGCCAUGGCAGUCAUGCCCUCUGCGAAAGGGUUAGUCCCAGAGCAACACCCUCGGUUCAUCGGCACAUAUUGGGGUGCAGUGAGCACUGCAUUCUGCGGAGAAAUCGUCGAAUCCGCAGACGCAUACUUGUUUGCGGGUCCCAUCUUCAACGACUACAGCUCUGUGGGCUACUCCCUGUUACUCAAGAAGGAGAAGGCCAUCGUUGUUCAGCCUGACAGAGUUGUCAUUGCAAACGGGCCAUCUUUCGGGUGCGUACUAAUGAAGGAUUUCCUAAGGGAGUUGGCGAAAAAGGUGAACAAAAACACAACUGCUUAUGAGAACUAUAGGAGGAUCCAUAUACCCGAAGGCGUCCCUCUCAAGUCAAAGCCCAAUGAACCUCUACGGGUCAAUGUCAUGUUCCAACACAUCCAAAAGAUGUUAUCAGCUGAAACAGCCGUGAUUGCUGAGACAGGUGAUUCAUGGUUCAACUGUCAAAAGUUACGGUUGCCAACUGGUUGCGGGUACGAAUUCCAGAUGCAGUAUGGAUCUAUUGGAUGGUCUGUUGGUGCCACCUUAGGAUAUGCACAAUCCACACCUAAUACAAGGGUGAUUGCCUGUAUAGGAGAUGGCAGUUUCCAGGUGACAGCUCAAGAUGUGUCAACAAUGAUACAAUGUGGGCACAAGUCAAUCAUAUUCUUGAUCAACAAUGGUGGGUACACAAUUGAGGUUGAAAUCCAUGACGGGCCAUACAACGUGAUCAAGAACUGGAACUAUACAGGUCUCGUUGAUGCCAUUUGCAAUGGCAAUGGCAAAUGCUGGACAACAAAGGUGCAUACAGAAGAGGACCUCAUAGACGCAAUCGAUAAAGCAAUGGGGGAAAUGGCAGAUUGUCUGUGUUUUAUAGAAGUAAUAGUUCACAAGGAUGACACCAGCAAAGAGCUUCUUGAAUGGGGCUCCCGAGUAGCUUCGGCUAACAGCCGCCCUCCCAAUCCUCAGUGACCAAAUACUUGUCCCUUUUCUAGGCUUUUUAUAGGGUGGGCAUUUUAGUUCAGACUAAGGCUUAAUGUAAUAAACUUUAUUUCAUAGGGGUGUGAGCAUUUUGGUUCGUAGUGAUCAAACAAUGUCAUUUCAUUCUUUCAAUGGUAAAUUUCUACACUAUUCUGCUCUAAUAGAGGAUCAUCUUGACC